UUCAUAAAAAACUUCUCCAUUUUCUUUACCCCUGUUUAGUUCGCUUUUUUUACUGGUUUUUUUUCUCCAGGCAUUCCGAUUCAGCAAAUGCAAAUAUGGACUUGAUAAUUCAGUAUUAAUGCUUAUUACUGCUUCCAAGUAACUUUACUGUAACUCUUAAGGGGAUCAAGAUUAUAAAUUAUUUUCAUUUAUCAAUCCUUGUUUCGGUGCGUUAAUCUUUUCAUUUCAAUACAUAAAGAUAUGAAUAAAUUACAGGCUUUAUCUUUGACUAUUAAAUUGAUUCAAUCCGAUUUCAUGUUAGUUCCAGUCGUCGGUCGGACAAUAAUGAACGAGUAUUUAUUAGUAAAGGUGACGAAACGCAUACAGAAGUUUCUUUAGUUUCAUAUUGUCGUUUUGUCUUCUUUGGCUUGUUAUUUUCAUAUUGAAGAUUCAUUUUCCAAAUUCCAAAUUAUAUUGAGCUGUGACAAUUAACAUCUGUUUUUUGUUUACUGUAAAAUGUAUUACAAGAACACGUUUUAAAAAUAAAUUGGGUAAACCGCAAAUUUUUAACACACAAAAUGUGUUUAAACCAGACGCCGCCAAUACAGCAGACUUGCUGUCCUACAAAUAAAUUAUGUCACGAAGGGCGUUUGAGUUUGGGUUGUUCUGUAGGUACCGCUGCUUUAGUAUUGUUGCCUUCGGUACCACAAAUUUAUUUUGGCGUAGUACCCAAGGAGUGGGGAGCCGUAUUAUGGGGUCCAGUGCUAUACUAUGCUUUAAUUAAUUUGAUAAUACGUUUCAUCCUACGACAAAACGAUUAUCAGAUUGCAAUACGAGCCUCGUUUCUUGGAUUUGUGGGUGCUACCAGUAUUUUGUUAAUAUGUUUUGCGCCUUGUGUUUGGAAACAAUUUGGUGUUUACGGUUUCUUUAUGGCCUUUUUUCAUUACACGGAAUUUUUAGCUAUUGCCUGGUCAAAUCCGAAAAGUUUAUCACCCGACUCCUUUAUGCUCAAUCAUUCAUGGUCUUAUGCUGCUGCUGCAACUGCCAGUUGGUUAGAAUUCAUUUUAGAGGUUUAUCUAUUGCCUGAAUUCAAAAGUUUUUAUUAUGUCUGGCUGAUGGGCGUUGUCCUAUGCACGUUUGGCGAAAUUGUGCGCAAGACAGCUAUAUUUACUGCUAGUAUUAGUUUUACGCAUUUGGUGCAAUAUGAAAAGAGCGGCGAUCAUAAAUUAAUAACUCAUGGAAUAUAUGCUUUUGCACGGCAUCCAUCGUAUGUGGGUUGGUUUUGGUGGUCAAUUGGUACUCAGUUCAUUUUACUUAAUCCUAUUUGCAUUCUAAUUUAUGCUGUUGUGAGUUGGAAAUUUUUCCACGAUCGUAUAUAUUGCGAAGAAUACACUUUGUUGAAUUUCUUUCGCAAUGAUUAUAAAAUAUACCAGGACACAGUGCCUACCGGAUUGCCAUUUAUUAAGGGUUUUAUAUUGGAAUAAGCAAUUUUAUUAUCUGCAGGUAUUCCGUUUCAUCUUUCCAUUGUAAAUAAUCUUUAUUUCUAAUUAUUAUUGCAACAACAAUUUUUUAUUAAACGUGAAUACCUCGUUAAAACAUGAUAAUACACCAACUAACAUAAUUAGUUAACAUUUUUUAAACAAAAGAUAAUUUAUUAAUCUAAUAACUAUACGAAAAUAUGUCAAAUAUACUAUAAAUGUAAAUCAAAUGUACAUAGUGUUCUCUUUCAAAAUAAUAAAUGACUCAGU